ACCUUCCUCUUUCUAGCAGGAUUUGCGGGUUUUGCUUCAUUAUCCGUCGUCGCGUGCAGACUUUUGAACGCUCGGCGCGCUACUAGCUUUAGAAAAUGGUUCUGGCGCGCGAGGAGGCCCCGAGGCCCCGCCGAAGACCUAGUCGAUGCGCGUCGGGUUUUUCCUCGGCUCCAGCCCGAGCUGACGGAGCUCAUCGUUUCUUUCCUGCCGGAUAAUGAGGUAGUUUUCUUCAAGUUGGUCUGCAAGGCCGCGGCAGCCCAGUUUCGCGACUUCAGGACGAUACGCCUCUCCAGGCCCGUGCCGCCUUUCGCCUUCGCGGCGAAAUGGAGCAAAGCCGAAGCGGUGCAUCCCAUGACGCUGACGCAGAUUGGAUUGCUACACUCUCUGACCGCAGCCAGUGGCAGCCUGCCCAACCUGCGCACCCUGCUGAAGCGCGAUGACAACCUCUUCACGGCAGACGUCUUCACGGCCGCAGCCAAGUCGGGCCACAUCGAGGUGCUGCGCUGGCUCCGGCGCACGGCCGACUGCCCCUGGAGCGAGGAGGCGGUGGAGGCGGCGGCGCGGGAGGGGCGGCUGGACGUGGUCCGGUAUCUGCUGGCUCAGGAUGGGUACCCCUACAACGCCUCGCGCCUGCUGCCCGCCGCCGCCGCCAGCGGCAGCAUCACCCUCAUGCUGUGGAUGCUGGCCAGGGGACUGGCGCACGUGAACGGCUGCGCGCUUCGCGCCGCGGCGGCGGCGGGGCAGGAGGAAGUUGCGCUGCUGCUAGCAGAGCUAGAGCCGCCGGAGCGCGUCAGCGCCGUCCGACUGGUGGCGGCUGUAGCACAGGGCUGCGGCCUGCCGUGCCUGCAGACGCUGCAUGUGGAGUAUCUGGAGGGCGGCGCGGCGGUGCGGCGGCGGCGCGGCGGCGGCCGGGCCGUGGGCGGAGCCAGCGUCGUCCACAUUGUGCGGCUGCUGCUGGCGGAGCGGCCGCUGCGGUGGGCGGAGCUGGUGGCGGAAAUGCUGGCGGAGGCGGAGGAGGUGGAGGAGGCGGCGGGAGAGGCGGGAGAGGCGGGAGAGGCGGGCGGGUCCGGGAGCGCGGCUGCUGCAGGCGGCGGCGAGGGAGCGGCGGCAGGAGCGGGAGGAGGAGCGGCGGGUGCGGGUGCGGGUGCGGGUGCGGGUGCGGGUGCGGGUGCGGGUGCGGGUGCGGGUGCGGGUGCGGGUGCGGGUGCGGGUGCGGGUGCGGGUGCGGGUGCGGGUGCGGGUGCCGGUGCGGGUGCGGGUGCGGAAGCGGAAGCGGCAAUGCGGGCGGAGCCGGAGGCGGGGUCGAGUGGGGAGCGGGUGCCGGAAGCGCCUACCGACCGGGCUGCGACAGCGUCAGCGACGGCAGCGGGCGCGGGAGCGGAAGGGGCCACGAGCACCAGCACCAGCACGGGCACGAGCACGGGCGUCGGCGCCAGUGCGGGCGCAGGCACGGGCGCCCGCGCGGGCACGCGGAGAGUGGCGGCAGCUCUGCCUCUGCAGCCGCUGGUGUCAAUGUACGGAGCCGCCGCAGACGCGGCCGCCGCAGCCCGCGCGGCGGCAGCUGCGGCGGCUACAGCGGCUGCUACUGCCGCCGCCACGUACGCCGUGGCGGCGGCGGCGGGCUGGGACCCUGCUACUGCCGCCGCCGCGGCGGGUGCUGCUACAGCCGCCCCGGUGGCUCGGGGCCUGGCGGCGUCGGAUCCGGAGGCGGCGGCGCGGGUGAUGGCGGCGGCGGCCGCCAGCCACACGGCCGACUGGAUGGAUAAGAUUAUUUGGCUGGAGUCGCUCGGCUACCCACGUUGCGCGGCGGCGUCAGAACGCGCCGCAGAGGCCGGCGGCGGGCCGGAGGCCGGCAGUAGCAGCAGCGGCGCCAACGGCAGUAGCAGCAGCACCAGCGGCAGCGCCGGCGCGCCCAACGGGGCCGGCAGUAGCGGCGGCGGCGCUGGCAGCAACCCGAGCAGCAGCAGCCGCAUGCCGAGGAGCUACAGUUACAGCCUCGGCCCGGCGGCGUGCGGCGGCGCCGCCGCCAGCGCCGCCGCUGCUACAGCCGGCGGCCGCGCCAACACCGGCAGUAGCGCCAGCAGUAGCAGCAGCGGUAAGCGUCGGUCCGCGGUUACGCGGCUAGCGUGGCUGCGCGCGCGCGGGUUUCCGAUGGACGCGUGGACGGUGGCGGCGGCGGCGAAGCGUGGUGACGAGGCUGCGGUGCGGUGGCUGCUGUUUGAGGCGGGUGUGGAACUCGACAACGACGAUUUCGCGCCGGCCUGGAACGCGGCGGCGGGCGGGCACCUGCCGGUGCUGCGGGUGUUGGCGGAGGCGGGGUGCGCUCUGGAGCCUGGGGAGACCAUUGUGCAGGCGGCGCGCGGCGGCCACCUGCGUGUGGUGGCCUGGCUGCUCACCGAGGCGCCCGCCGCCAUCGCCGCCGCCGCCGCCGCCACCACCGCCGCCGCCACCGGCGCGCCCGCCGCUGACGCCGCUGCCCUGGCCCUGCUGGCGUCCGCGCACCGGCCCGCCCUGACGCCGGAGCUCUUCUCCGCCGCCGCCGAGAGCGGCUGCGAGCCGCUGAUGCGCUACCUGCGGGAGGAGCAGCGCUGCCCCUGGGACGCCACCGCCUUCGCCUGGGCGGCGUGGGUGGGCUGCCAGCGCACCAUUGCCUGGAUGGCGGCGGCGGGCUGCCCUAUGGGGGAGGACGGCGAGCCGUACAUCUGGGCCGGCUACAACGCCGACUACGUGACGCUGCGGCGGCUGCGGGCGCUGGGCUGUGCCUGGAGCGCGGCCACCUUCAACCGGGCGGUGUGCCUGGACGAGGGGCUGGGCGAGGAGGGCGACGGCGACAGCGAGUGGUGCUGCAGCCUGGAGGUGCUCAGGUGGUUUGUGGACUCGGGCUGCCCCGUGGACUGGCCGGCGGCGCUGGGUGUGGCUGUGAAGCGGCGGCCCGAGGAAGACGAACUGCUGGGCUGGCUGCUCACACAGGCAGCGGCCUCCCUAGGAGUGGACCUACGGAGUGGUAAAGUGGCCAAGGGCAAGGAGGCCGGGGCGGGAGCCGGCACGAGCGCAGCGGCGGCGCUUGUGGCGGCAGCCCUCACGGCAGCGGCGCAGCAACUGGAGGCGGCGGCGGAGGUAGCAUUGGCUGCGGGAAUGGCGCCGGCGGCGGCGGGUGCGGCGGCGGAUGCGGGGGUGGCGGCGGCGGAGGUAGCGGGGGUAGCGGAGGAGGAGGCGGAGGCUGGAGGAGGGGCAGAGGGCGCGGGCGCGGGAUGGGUCGUGGGCGCACAGGCCGGGGAGGGUGCUGUGGAGGAGCCGGGGGCGGGGCCGGGGGCUCAGGGCGAGGGAGGGGAAGGGGGAGGGGCAGACGCCAGCGCCGCAGCAGCCGUGGUGGAGGUGGUGGAGGGCGACGAGGAAUGGGAUGUGCUGGCGGCGGCGGCGUGGCAGCUAUAGAGAUGGCUGGCAAUGGCAAUAAACGCGAAGGUGGCGGCGACGAGUUUUCCGGAUGCAACCGCAUUUGGUAAAAGUCCCCGCCCCCCAGAGGACGUUGACAUGGGAUGGCUUCUCAAUGCAAAAAUUGAAAGCGCCAGAGCGGCCUUUGCUUACCUUUGGUAUACUGCGCUAUUACAGCUGCUUGGGCUUGGGCAACGUUGGGCAUUGCGGCCAUGCCGUGUCGUGGGGUGACUGCUGUGUUGUGCAAAGAUGGCGUUGAAUCGGAGACAAUUACAGCGGCAGGUUCAAAUGAUAGGACGCGUGUGUGUCGGCAAUGAAGAUAUACCCUCAGAACCGAUGCCAAAGUCGGUGCCAGCGUCGGCGCGAGUGCCACGGCACGGGGGGCCGGGAGCGGCACAGGCACACGGCAAGGGAAGAAAUGUUCCGCCAUCGCCCUGGGUGCUUGGGGUUCUUUCUAUCAUAAGCAGCUGUUACACGCGACUAGCUUACGUAAAAUCCGAACAUUCAGGCUGGAACAAUGAUGACGUGAAGUGAAGAGUGAAGGAUCGAGUCGUGGCCAUGAUGCAUGUCUUCAAACCAUUUCGUCCUUAAUGGACGC